AGUCUUUGGUACAUGGCCGCUGAAUUAAAUAAAAGAUCAGCUUCGUUCAAUCUGAAGCAGGUAGAGAUCCAGCAGCAGGGUCAACUAAUGAGAUAUCAGAUGGAGCAGCUCCAGCAACUGAUGGAACAGCAGCAGAAACUCAUCAAGUUGCUCACUUUGCCCAUGGCCAACCAAGGUUUUACAUUGCCGGUAGGAUUCUCAUCUCCAUUGACUGGUAUCACUGCUGCCCUGCCCCCAGGGGUCAAUACACCUCCUUUUCAAUUCCCUGGUCCAUCUGCUAAUGAAAGUUCUUCAAACAUCAAAGGAUCAUUUUGCAUUCCACUGGUCCAAUUAGUGCAAUCCUCGGCACAGCAAAGUUCAUCUGCAUCACCGCCAAUUAACAGCAACUCUAUUCAAACAGCAAUACAUCCACAUCCAUCUCAAGACACAGGUGAUUUGACUGCUGAAAAUUCCGUUCUGGCGCAGCAUUUUUCUAAUGAGAAACCUGAGAAACAGGUCACCAGACAGGAAUCACCAGUGGAGGAGGCAGAAACAAGUGUAGAUGAGCGUAUCCCUGAGGAUGAAAACUGUCUGAGAAAUCUUUCACCAAUCAAAGAGGAAAAAGGUGAACAAGGAACAGAGCAACGUGCCAUUACUCCAUUUGGAAUUAAGAGAAAUUCCAAGAAAACAGCGGGUCCAGAGGAAAGACCCAUUAGGCCUGGAAUUGGUGAAAAACAAAAGACUUUUGAAGAUUUUGUUGAAGAACUACUUAAGGUGGAUUCAGAAUUAUUUCAACAGGAUUCCCAGGACAUAAAUGAGGUGAAGGUGGGUCCAAAGAAGUCUUUCCUGAAGCGAGGAGAAGGUACUGCACGAUUUGAAAAGAACAAAGAAAAUGUUCUCAAGGAACAAAAUCAGAGUCCAGUUUGUGAAUCCACCAAACAAUUUCCUAGAAAAGUUAGUUUCAGCAAUCAACGCCGACUUUCCUUACCCAUGUUGAACGAAAGUGAAAAGCUUCAGAUUAAAAAACAAUCAACUUCGCAAAAACAAGUUAAUAGUUCAGUCCUUGGAGCAUCCAAAGCAAAGAAGCCUGUCUCCAAUGAUAAACCCCUGGUAAACAGCAAAAUAAAAGAUCACACGCAAAAAGAAAAACUAGACGAAAUCAAGAAUAGUACAGACGAGGGUAUCCAAAGUGACAUAAAUGUAACAGAAUUCAACAUUGAAUCGCCCUGCAAAUACUCUGAUGUCGGAAAAAGUGGAACCCAACAAAUAGAGCAGGAAAGUAAAGCAAGAGAUAUAACUACUCUAGAGGAAUCCCAAGGAAGAACCACUGUAAGUAGUUUAAACUUACAUAUUCUAGAAAGUCAGCACUUAAUUGGAGUUGAUUCACAAUUAAAGAAUUGGUCAAGUAGCAGUUUUUCUCAUGAAAGUAUAGAACAGCAACACCAAGGCCAACAAAUAGGACAGAAUAAGACAAACCAACUACAGGAAUCUUCAAAUGAGCAGCCAUGUUUCAGUAACAUUUCUCAUCUGGAAUGCCUAGGUACUAACAGGACAGAGACUGUAAACCAGGCAACUGGAAUGCUCCAACAGCAGGCAGAGAAAGACCAAAAUGAAGAUGCGGCCAAUGCCAGAGAUUCCAGAAAAUUGCUUGACAAUCAAGGCCCAAGCAGAGGCUUUAAAAAAAUAAAUGACAGAAUAGUUCAAGUCACUCCUGAUGGUCUACCAUGCCAGUUUGCAAAAUUUAGAAAUGAGCAUAUCAAAGAUCAUGACAUGGGCAGUGUUGUAAGCAUAGAGUUAGCACCACUUGUGAGCAAUGAAUACAGAAAGGACUUUGUUUUAAAAAAUGACAGAGCAAAUUGUGGUGAAUUGAAUACUAAAGCAAAUAGUACAGAUAACGAGAGUGGUGGCCCAAAGUCUCAAUGUCAUCAACAACCCAUAAAAGAAAUUCUACAAAAUUCUGGUCAGACUGAUAAAAACUUGGACUGGUCUGAUGAUGCAGACUAUGCGAGUGAUGCUCCAAGUGGAAUAGAAGAAAUGAACACAACAGUUCAAACUUCUCAUCACUUUGUACACUAUAGAUCAAUAGUGUCUCCAGUGAAACAUAAUGCACUGAGCAGCACCAGUAGCAGUGAAAAUGAACCCUUAGAGCUGAAGUCAAAUACUUUAUCAAGGAGAUUUCCUCUUUCAUAUAAAAGGCUAAUGAAAAAUAAAAAUAAAGUCGUGAAAAGGAAGUCAAACUUUGCAAAGACAAGUGCCAAUACUAUGAGCACUCAAACCUGUGAUGCUACAGAAUCAGAUCUCAUCCAAUCUUCUGCUCCUGGUCUUGCACUGCAAUCGUUACCAGCACUUCAUUCUGAGCCAAAGGUGCCAAUAAACUCUGAUCUUCCAGAGCAAGUGAAUUCCAGCCGUGUAAAUACUCAAGAAGGUGCCCAAUCUAGACAACUCCAAGCCAAACUUCUACAAUUGGAAACAGAAAUUGAACGUUUCAAAGCAGAAAAUACAUCAUUAGCCAAACUGAAGGAGAAACAAGAGCUGACCAUGGAAAAUCUCAGAAAACGGAUGGAUCAGUUUGAACAUGAGAAGACUGAAGAAAUAGCUCGGUUAGAUGAGUACAAGAAAGAGGAAAUGAAGAAAGUAGAAAAAGCAAAGAGAUUGUCUGAAAAAAACUCAGCAACCAAAGCUACUUUUGAUAAGAAAGAACAUGAAGAAAUGGAGCUCUUGAAACAACAGCUUGGUCAGCUCCAGGAAGACUUCAGAAAAAAUGAGUCUAGGUGGUCUCGCGCCCACAACUGCCUUCGAAAUCAGAUUCACACAUUGACCAAGGAAAACAUUGAACUACGUGAUGAGUUGAAAGCCGUAGAAUGUCAUCACCAAGAGUCUGUGAAAGAAACUGAGACUGCCGACCUUAUCUGCAAGACACUUGAAACACCAGUAUCAGAUGCCAUUAUUAAAGGUACAUCACAAACAGUCUCAUGUAGACACAGGAGUCGUAGUUCAACUCCAACUGAAAAGAGAAUGCCGACUGAAAGAAGACAGACUCCUGUGGAUUCUCAGCUAAAGGUUUCAGCAAAAGUAGCAAAAAACCCUGAAAAUCAGAGAACAGAAAUACGAGAAAUCCUUGUCAGGUCUCCUGUCCGUCUGAGAAGCAGAAGUGGAACGCCAACCGGACGGAAAACACCCUUCCAGGAUAGAUCAACACCUGACCCAGAGUUGAGUAUUCAACGAUACCUUUCAAAUCAUCAAAGGGGACAAGAAAGGAAGUCACCUGCACCAAGCUUAAAUCUAAGUGUGUUUCACAGGGCAAAUUCUACUGGCCAUACAAGGGGUGUUCAGUCUUCCAAUUCAGGUAGCUCAGACGAUAAUUCUUGCAUGCAUUUGCAAACAACAGAGCACCUGUCCAGAUCCCAAAGUAACACCACUAAACUACAGAUUCAAGAAACAAAAACUUUGAACAGGAGCACAGCCUCCAGAUCACAGGAGAGACCUCCUUCGGGCCGCAGGAGUCGCGGUGCAACCCUAAGUGGGAGGAAGACUCCACUGGAUGGCAGACAAAUCGGUUUUGACCUUGAACAGAAUGUUUCAAGGCCAAGCUCUGUUUUAUCAAGACAAGCAUCUACUUACUUUAAGAGUAACGUUACUCAUGACGAUGUCAGAGAGGAAGUCCAAUACCCAGAUGGCAAGUUGGAACAGCUCUUGAUAAACGGAAGCCGAAUCAUCACCUUUCGGAAUGGCACAAGAAAGGAGGUCAGUGCAGAUGGCCAAUCUGUCACUAUCACAUUCUUCAAUGGAGAUGUGAAAACAUUCAUGCCAGAUCAGAAAGUGAUUUACUAUUAUGCUGAUGCAAAGACAACUCAUACUACAUAUCCAAAUGGAAUGGAAAUGUUACAGUUUCCCAAUAACCAGAUAGAAAAACAUUACCCUGAUGGUAAGAAGAAAAUACUAUUUCCAGACCAGACAGUCAAACAUCUUUUUCCUGAUGGUCGUGAGCAGAGCAUAUUCCCAGAUGGAACAAUAGUGAAUCUGCAGAAAAAUGGAGAUAAAAUUAUUGAAUUCAACAAUGGGCAAAGGGAGAUCCACACAUCUCAGUAUAAGCGCAGGGAGUACCCUGAUGGAACCAUAAAGACUGUGUAUUCUAACGGGCGGCAGGAAACAAAGUACUCCACAGGACGUGUCCGAAUAAAAGACAAAGAAGGAAACAUCAUUCUUGAUAAAAAGUGA